AUGACCGACUUGGGUUUAAUGAGCUAUUUUCUGGGAUUAGAGGUGAAGCAGAAUUCUGAGGGUGUUUUCAUCUCACAGCAGAAGUAUAUUGAUGAUUUAUUAGUUCACAUGAACAUGAAGCUGUGCAAACCCGUGAGUACACCAUUAUCAGUAAAUGAGAAGCUUGAAAAGUUCAUUACUACGAAGCGAGUUGUGAGGUAUUUCGCAGGAACCAAAGAGUUGGGUCUGUGGUAUUCACUGGGAGAUGAUGGUGAAUUGGAGGCUUUCUCCGAUAGUGAUUGGGGAGGUUCCAAGGCUUAUCGGAAGAGCACAACUGGAAUAUUUCUCAAAUUGGGCUCAAGUCCUAUCUCUUGGGGAUCUCGAAAGCAGGAUGUUGUGGCUCUCUCUAUAACCGAAGCAUAG